AUGACUGAUUUGUUCAAUCAAGAAGAAUUUGAUCAAGAUGAAGUCUUUUCAUUAUCAUUCUCAAAUAAUGGUUCAUUUAUGAAUUCUAUACCAUUACUAUCUACAAGUUCAAACAGUUCAUAUUUAUCGACAUCACCAUCUGAUUCAUUUUUAGAUAAUAACGCUAACAAUUUUACACCUGCUUUAUUAUCAACAUCAAAUCAAUCAAAUUAUUUUAAAGAAAAUUAUUCAAAUAAUAAUAAUAGUACAGACAUAUUUCAAUUAGAAGAUAACGAUUUGUUAAAUGAAAAAAUUUCAUUUAAUAACAAGAAAAAUUUAAAUUAUGAAAUGAUAGAUAUUAAUCAAUCAAUUAACAACAAUAAUAAUACAUGCAAUAUUGAUGCUUUCGCUAAUGUUGCCCAACAAAAUUAUAGAAUAUGGGCAUCUUCUGUUUAA